AUGAUUUUAGAAUAAGCUGUAUAAAUAUAUUAAGAUAUAAGUUAUGUGAUGAGAAUGAGUACACAAGAUUAGAAAAAAUAAGAAUAGGGUGUAAAUAUAUAUCAUCCCAAAUGCCAUUUAUGACAUCUUUUAAUGAUCCAUAAACCAUAAAAUAGUGUAAUAAUUUUGGGGUGAUUUUAAGUAAUUUGCUGUUAUCCUUUUUCAAAGAAUAAUGUUGAACUGCUUGUUUCUGCUCUUUUUGACCGUUUUAAGGAUUUAGACUUUUUUAAUUCAUUUUACAAAGCUAUGAAUGAAAUUUCAGAGUUCCCAGAACAAAAAGUAGUCCUUAGCAAUGUUAGAAGUAUAAAAUAAUCUUCAAGAAAAUCAUUAUUUAGGUAUUAUAUUUAAUUAAAUAUUGUAGGAGAGCAGCAAAUUCAACUGUUUAAUAUUCAAAAUAAUUAUUAGAGAGUCUUGUGUAUGUUAAGAAAUUUGCAUCUCAAUAUUUAUUUUAGCUUUUUUAACUUGGAUCUGAUUUGGAAAUUAAUUUAGAAGAACAAGCAAAUAUAUUUUUGAAAUUCUUAAAGAACACAAGAGAAGAGAGUUUUAUAACAGAAAUAAUUGAUGUCUUUUAAAACAUAAAACAAAAUAUAUUCAGAAAUUCUUUAUGGUCAAUAGGCUUAGAAGAUUAAAUUGAAUAGUGUAAUUUAGAUAUGAAAAGAAUUUAGACUUUUAUACGAUAUAGCAUCCUCCAACAGUAACAAAAAUAGAAACACCAUUAAGUAAUAUAGAUUCAGAGACUGAAUAAUCAGAAAUAGAUAUGCAUGAAGUUAUUGAAGAUUGGAUAUGUUAAGAUGAAGAAGGUUACAUCAAACAAUAAAUAGAGUACUUUAGAAAUGAUGUUUAUUUUGAAUUCAUCAUGAAAUUAAUAUUCGACCCUCUGAAUUCAUAACCUAUACCCUAAUGGGUAAUAUGAUUAUUUAAACUAUAUAGUUUUCAACUCUUAAAAUGGAUAAUCAGGAAUUAGAUGAUUAUAGAAUUUGGAAAUCUGAAACAUAAAAAUUAGAAUAAGUUUACAAUUAAAGAUCAAAAAAAGUUCUAAAGAUUAUUACUAAUGAUAAGAAUUUCGCUAUUAUCACUAAAUAAGUACCUUAAUUAUUGAUGAAAAUAUGUAAAUCUUAUUUCUAAUUAGUUUACAUGAUUUAUGAAUCCUUAGGAGAUUAAGAGAGAAUAGUGAAUCUUUAACAUUUAGGACAUUUAAUUGAUUAUUUAUUUUUGUAAAGUCCUAAAUCGUGUCUCUAUUAUGUAGUAGAUUUAAAUUUGCUCUUUGCUUUUUCUUAAUACAUUUAUAAUCCUAUUAUAUUAAGUAUUUGUGAAAGUAAUUAUUUUAUAUUUAAGAGAAAUGAUGAACAUGAUUGAAGAUGAAUAUUAAUUAGGAAUGCAUGUUUAAGAAUAACUUUGGCUAUAUAUUCAAUCUUCAUAAUUAUUUGAUUUUCUUACUCUGAUAAUGAUAAAUUAAAAAGUAGAUAGAUCUAAAUAAGAAAGAUCUUAUAAAUCUGAAUAAGCAGUAUAUAACAUUAUAUUAUUUUAGUAUUAUGUUAUUCCUUUAUUGAAAGCAUAAACUAAUUUCGAUAAAUUACCUAUUAUUUCGGAAUAAAAUUUAAAUGAGAAAAAAUACUUAACCGAACUUUUAGGUUAAAUUACACCAGGAAAAUCACCAAAUGAUUUUUAUGGAAUGACUAAAAAUAAUUGGCAUUUGUAUGAUGAUAUUUAAGAAAAUAUUUCAAGUUAAGAAUUUAAGUUUAAAGAUUUAGAUAAUUUAUAUGAAUUUGUUAAAUAAAGAAAUUAAAAUCAUUCUAAAUUUUAAUAUAAUUCUGAAGAUUUAAAAUUAAAAAGAUAAAAAACUAUAGUUUUAACUCAACAUAAUUCAGUGAGUCCAUAAAAUAAAGGAUUAGGUGGUAAAAAAUUAAGUGCUCUAGAUAUUGAAAAAUUCGAAACAAAAUCUACACUUAAUAAAAAUAAUAAAGUAUUACCUCGAUUGAGUUCAGCAUCAAAAUAGAAUAAAUGGAUUAAUGUUAAUUAAUAAAAAAAUUAUCUCAGAUAAGGAACUCUUCAAAAACAGCAAUUACUUAUGAAUACAUCAACAAGAUUAAGAACUUUUGGAUCUGAUAAAUCGGAUUUUAGUUCAAAUGAUGGAUUUUCUAGUAGCCGUUUAAAAACAAUUUAUCCCAGUUUUAAAAUGUAAUAAGAAACUAAAUUUGAGAAAGAUUUAUAAUAAAUUCAUAAAAAUGAAUCAACAGCAUCAUCUUGUGCAUAAUUAAUUAAGGGAUUGAUUCAAUCAGCAUUUCAUUAUAGCUGGAAAAAAAUUAAUACAUUAGGAUUGUGUAAAUAAUAGUAUAAAUUAAAUACAGAUUUAAUAUUUUGUUCAAUCAUUACAAAAAAUAAUUUAGAAAGAUUAUUUCAAAUUUAUCUAUCUCAUCUCCAUUGUUCAAAUGAUGGAGUAUUAUCUAGUGCAGAUGAAUGUGGAAUGAUUAUUAAUGAAAUCUAUUCCAAUUAUCCAAGACUAAAAUAAUCUAAUUUGAUUGUAGAAAGUUUAAAAAUAUGUUUUAUUAGUGUUGUUGACUUUUUAUGCAAAUCUGUUGUAAAACUAAAUAAACAAUAAAAUAAAAUGGGUCAUUAAUAAUUAAAUUUCAAAUAAUUUAUUAUAAGUGAUACAAUUUUAUAUGGAUUUUAUAUGUUUGAACAGAAUAAAUCUUAAAUUUAAUAGAAAAAUCCUUAUUUAUAUUUAAAUGAGACUGUAUUGCAUAUUUUAGUGAUUUGGUAUUUCGAUUAUAUUCAAUAGAAUAUUCAAUAGUAAUAGUUUAUCAAUUUAUUUAUCUUAAUAAUGACUAGAGCUCCAUAACAUAUAAUAAUGCACUUAAUUUUCAAAUUGGGAUUUAUUACUUCUCUAUAUAAUUUUCACUCAAAAUAUAGUAGAAAUGGCAUAAUAUGUUCAAAUGGAGUAGAAUCAUUUUAUUUACACUUGACUUUUAUAAUUCAUAUAAUAAAUGAUUCUAUACACAAUAGAAAUCUUUCUGUUGUUUAAGUAAGUUUAAAUUAGUUAUAAUCAUGGUAAUCUUUACUAUAAAUACUUCCAGAUCCAACCAGUAAAGCAGUUAUGAUUUUAAAUUAGAGAAUGAAAUGCUCAACAAUAUAUAUUCCUACUCGAAUUACUCUAAACCAAUUUCAUAGUAUAAAAUCUAUGGAUGUAGAAUCGAUAAAAGUUCCAAAGAAAAUUAUUUUAGAUUCAAUUAAAUAGAAGUAAAUAGUCGUAUUAAUUAGAUUAAAUGUGCCAAACAAUCUUGCUGAUAAAAAGAAAGGCGAAAAGUUUCUAAAUUAAGUUAGAGAAAAAGUUGAACAACAAAAAAAAGAACAUUAAGCAAAGGCUAAAUGA